AUGACACCUCUAUACGACACACUACUCAUCGAUCCACAAUGGCCUCUGUCCUCAAUCCGAUACCUGCUCUGCAUUCUUGCUGUAGGACUAGGUGCUGGCAUCUGGAAGCUCCGACAGUAUCAAAAUGCUCGAGCAUCUAGGAAGACAAAGUCAUUCUCGGACAAUAAGAUACAUCCUAUCACGCCUCUAGAGGACUUUGACUGGGAGAAAACCGAGCAAAUACAAUUCCGACCAUUCAAAGGAAAAGACAAGUACAACUUGACCAUGGCAAUCGAGAACCUCGAGCCAUCAGACCUUCUCCCCAUGGACAAGACCUACAAAGAGCGGAUCUCACUCCGCAAGACCCUAGUAGGACAACACCACGACGUUGUAGUAGGAGUCAACAAAAACCAAACCCCACAGCAAGACCCACGCAUCCGCCCAGCCAUCAGCGAACUAUACACCUUCCUGCUGAAAGACUACCUACCAGUCCGCUACCCUAAGAUGUUCACUCUGAACGCGGACAACACCAUGUUCCACAACCUCGUAACAGACGAAUACUGGCCAACAACUCUCUCCGCAACAACGCCAACAAUCCGCCCCCUCGAAAUCAUCGCCCAGACCAUCGACGAAGACUUCCUCAUUCUGCUCCCAGAACUAGUACCCGAGGACGGCCAGAUCCCGAAAUACGUCCUAGAGGCCUACGCAACCUGUCUGCCGUCCGGCUUCAACCCGCGCGACAAACUCGGUCUGCGGAUGGUUGAUAUUCACAAGCCCGUCCCCGGCUACAAGGAGAAGAUGGAGCUGAGUAUGGAUCGGUUCUUUGCGCGACUUGAGGUUGGGAAGUUUGUUAAGCGGAUUAAUUGGAGUAUUACGAUUAAUGCGGGGUUGUUUGCUGCGUUUGGAGGCACGCAUGCUGAGAGUGGGAAGAAGGAGGACCCUAUUGAGGCCGGCAAAUUGGAUGUUGAUAAUACUGUUCUCCGCUGUGAGCGCCAGACUUUGCACCGUCUGCCUGUGUCGAAGGCUAUUGUCUUUACAGUGCACACAUAUACGUAUCCGAUCAGAAAGAUUAAGGAUGAGGGACUUGGGGAGGAUCUUGCGAUUGCGGCGGAUGGGUUGAAGAAGGGGAAUGUGCCUGGGAUGCACAAUUAUAAGAAGGGGGGGGUGUGGGGAGAGGCGCUGAAGGACUUCUUGAGGUCCUAG